UUUAUUGUUUCAGUUUAUUUCUUUAUUAUUUUAAUGUACUGUUUACCUUUCAUUUAUGGCAUCAAUAGCGAUCCAGCUCGUAACAAACGAUAUCCAUUUUGCUCCUCAUAUUAUUGGGACGAAAAAUCAAAUAUUAUUUACGCUAUUGCUUAUUUUACUCAGGUAAUUACUGGGCUGAUUAUGGGGAUUAGUUAUUCCUUAGGAAUGGAUAGUUUUUGUUGCACAGCAAUAUAUCAUACAUGUGCACAAUUAAAUAUACUUCAAACCCAAUUAUUGAAAGUAGGCACUAAAUCUAAUAUUUCAAAAGCUCUAGUGAAGAAUCUUGUUCUAAAACAUAAAUUUCAAAUCAAGACAAUUCAGAUGUUAAAUAAUAUUUUCAGUAAAUUGUGUUUAAUUCAACUACUGACUAGUUGCAUUACUGUUUGCUUCACUGGAUUCCAAUUAAUUAUAAUUGUAAGUAGAAGCCAUGUAGAUUUAAAUGGCGCCUUCUUUUAUGCAGGUUUUCUCCUUGCCAAUUUGUUUCAAGUUCUUUUAUAUUGUUGGCCAAGCGAUGAAUUAAUGGAUCAGGUAAAUGACAAGAAAUUUUGCUGACACCCUGGUCUAUUUAACUGAAAAAUAAUUUAAUUAAUUAAAUACAGAGUUAUCAGAUCGGAAUGUCUGCCUAUCAAUCAUUGUGGACAAAUUUAAUUCCUACUAAUACAAAAUUACUCUCACUACUGAUAUUAAGAGCUCAAAAGCGUCUUGUACUUUCUGCUGGAGGAUUAUAUGAUAUGAAUUUGCAAAAUUUCACUGGGAUUGUAAAAUCAUCUAUAUCAUUUCUAUCAGUUUUAAGAGUAAUUUAUCAUGAAUGAAAUUAAUAACUCGGCAAUAUGUGAUAAAAUAAUUUAAUACCAUAUUAUUUGCAUUAAAAUUAUAAAAUAAUAUUUAUUGAAGAUAAAACAUCUAUAAUUAGAAUCACUUAAACAUUUUUCAUUAAAGAAGUAAUUAUUUAUAUAAUUAUAUUUAUUCUUAUAAAUAAUAAAAAAUUGAAUCAAAUUCUUUUCAAAUAGUUGAUCAAAAGAAUGUUAAUAAUUUUAAGUGUGCAUAACGAUACAAAAUAUUAUUAAUAUAUUAUAAUAAUAUAAGUAUAUUAUUAUAACAUAAUUUCCUAUCAU